AUGCCCACAAACGGAUUUAACAGGGCUCUGAAGCUGCAGUUCGGCCUUAUCAACUAUGACAGCCGCUACCUGACAGCCGAGGCCUUUGGCUUUAAGGUGAAUGCCUCGGGCGUCAGCAUGAAGAAGAAACAGAUCUGGACCCUAGAACAGGAUGAGAAAGACGGCCAGGUAGUUUUCCUCCGCAGCCAUCUGGGACGCUAUCUGGCUUCUGACAAAGAUGGGAAGAUCACAUGUGGGGCAGAGAAGCCUGACCCUGACAGUCGCUUCCUUAUUGUGCCUCAAUCUGAUGGCCGCUGGGCUCUGCAAUCAGAGCCUUACCUGCGUUACUUUGGAGGCUCGGCUGACUACCUGUCCUGCUUUGCUCAAGCCAUUGGGGAACAAGAGCUGUGGGCCGUCCAUUUGGCUUUACACCCGCAGGCCAGCUUGCUCAGCGUGGCACGUAAGCGCUAUGCCCAUCUGUCUGCUUCAGAUGGAGAGAUCUCCGUGGACAGUAACAUUCCCUGGGGAGUUCACUCCCUGGUCACCUUGGUAUACCUCGAUGGCAAGUACAGCCUGAAGACCUGUGACAGUCGUUUCCUCAGCAAUGAUGGCAAACUGGUGAAAGAGAACACCAAUAAUACAAGCUUUACACUGGAGCUGAAGUCCGGAAAGCUGGCCUUUAAGGACAGUGAUGGGAAAUAUCUGACCCCAGUGGGCCCCACAGGGACGCUGCGGUCCGGCCGCUGCUCCAAGCCUGGAAAAGAUGAGCUGUUUGAUCUCGAAGAGAGUCAUCCACAAGUAGUUUUUCAAGCUGCCAACAAAAGAUUUGUCUCUGUCAAACAAGGAGUGAGUAUUUCCGCCAAUCAGGACGUAGAAACAGACAUGGAGACCUUCCAGAUGGAGAUUGAUAAAGAGAGCAAAAAGUCUAUGUUCCGGACCAAUGGUGGAUCUUACUGGACUCUCGUGACUCACGGAGAGAUACAGUCCACUGCCACAGAAGUGGAGGUCAACACAAUGUUUGACAUAGAGUGGCGAGGACAGAGAGUGGCACUCAGAGCAAGUAAUGGGAAGUAUGUAUGUACAAAGAAGAACGGUCAGCUCUCAGCAGUCAGCGAUGCAGUCGGUGCUGAUGAAUUAUUCCUGAUGAAACUCAUCAACCGCCCUAUGUUGAUCCUUCGUGGAGAGAAUGGCUUUGUGUGUCACCACAAGAACUCCAACACUCUGAACGCAAAUCGAUCAGUCUAUGACAUUUUCUCAUUGAUUUUCAAUGAUGGCGCCUACCAUGUAAAAAGUGUGAAUGGAAGGUUCUGGUACGUUUCUAGGAGUGGCCUAGUGUGCUCAGAUGGAGAAAAACCAGAGGACUUUUUCCUUGAGUUCCUGGAACAUGGACGCGUCGCCAUUAAGAGCUCUGAUGGCAAGUACCUCCGUGGAGACCAGGGAGGUACACUUAUGGGUGAUGGUACAAAUGUUGAUGUAUCUUCUCUUUGGGAGUAUUGA